AACAGUUUUUGAGAUAUCCCCCUUACCCUUUCAGAGAAAAUAUUUAUUUUAGAUCUAGACUCUUGAUCUAGAUCUAUAAUCAAUUUAAUUUUCAAAAUAGAUCGACUCUAUAAAAUUUGGAGAUAAGAAGCCAAAAUUUUACUUUUUUUUUUACAUAAUUGAUUUGUUCCGUUCGAAUCAAGUUUUUCAUUUGUUUAUCGCGGGACAUUGAAAAUGGCGACAGCAACUAGCAAUGUCAUAACUCUAAAAGGCUCAACAGAAAUUGUUGCAGAGUUCUUUCAUUAUGGCCUCAACAGUAUUUUGUACCAGCGUGGACUCUAUCCGCCGGAAACAUUUACGCACACACAACAGUGGGGGCUAACCAUGCUGGUCACCUGUGAUAAAGAUUUACAGGCCUUUCUUCAGCAGAUUAUCUCACAAGUUAAAGCCUGGUUGACAGAAAAGACUAUUGCUAAAUUAGUAGUUGUGAUCAAGGAGAUAGCUACCAAUGAGGUUGUCGAGAGAUGGCAGUUUGAUAUUCAGUGUGACAAAAGUGUUACUAAUGAAACAAAACGUGAAGCCUCAGACAAAGACAUAAAAGAUGGCAUUCGCUCUGUUAUCAGGCAGAUCACAGCUUCUGUUACAUUUCUUCCUCUGCUUGAGUCUGCAUGUUGUUUUGAUAUCCUAGUGUACACUGACAAAGACCUUGAAGUCCCAGAACAAUGGGGGGAGACUGGACCACACCUCAUCUACAACUCUGAAGAGGUCAGGCUGAAAUCAUUCUCCACGUCCAUUCACACUGUCAAGGCAGCUGUAGCUUUCAAGAAAAUGACAUAAACAUUGUGUGCUCCAUCUCACUUUCUUUUGCUCUGAAUCAGUAAUGUUAAUGUAAAACAUUGAUAUGGACAUUGAUACGCAUGAGUCCUUCAGCAAUACACUGUCUUAAGACAUAAUUGUUGGGACUCACAUAUUAUCUAUGUAAAAAAAAGACUUGAUUUUGUUGAUCUAUAAAAAGUAAACACUAUCAGUUUGAAUUUGAACUACCAGUAUUGCUUUUAUUCCCAAGAUAUUCUAUUAAAACGGUUUUUAUUUUGUUUAGAUUAAAAGUUUGCUACAAAAAGAUUUUUUUAUAUUAUUAUUAUGUUUGGGUUAUACCAUUUUAAGAAUAAUUUUUCUUGAACCAAUAGAGACUGGUACAUGUUUGGUCUGUGUUGUCCAUUGACCCAUAUGUAAUGGGGUUGAGUUUGGCUGCCUGUGCAUAUAAUAUCAUGUGGUGUGGGGGUUUGCCCUGACUUUGUAACAUCAUAAUAUCUGUACACUAUUUACAUGCUCUAGUUGUGAAAAUUUGCUGGUACAAAUAAAAGCAUUUUUAGUACAAGGUGCAAAACAAAAAGGUGGUUGUACAUUUUAUAUAUGUGCACGACAUACACUGACUCUAUUCAGGUAAAGAGAUGAGUCUGGCUUGGUUUCAACUGGCAUUCAGUUUAGAUACUCAGUGAAUUUGUUAGCAUUAAGUUUAUUUUUGGCAUUGAUUAAUUUUGACUUUUACAAAUUCUUAGUGAAUUAGCAAUUUAACUCCUUUUAUAUCUAGUAAAAGAGAAAAGUUCUUAUCAGUCCUUAACUCCAUUUUUUUCCUGCCUUUCUUGUGGCCAGCACCACAUGUAAACUUUUGUCUACCCCGUGGUCCACAGAAUUUUGAAAACUUUACUUACUUUUGGUUCUUUGUAUAAGUUUGAAGUUGUUUAUAGAAUUGCUCUUUUACAUUAUGUCUUGAUCAUUGACCUAGUGAAUUGUUGUAAAUACUCACACAGUUAAUAAAUCAUAUUUGUUAACAGUA